UUUAACUCAGCUUCGCGGGCGGCGAGCGGCGCGGGGGCAGCGGGCGCGGCCAACGGAACGCCCGCCAAGAACGACGACAAUGCUAUACCCUUUAAGGACGCUUUCAAAUUAUUUUCGAAGUUUGGUGAUCCAAAAUCAGAUGGCAAACUGAUUACAUUAUCCCAAAGCGAUAAAUGGAUGAAGCAAGCGAAGGUGAUUGAUGGGAAGAAGAUCACAACUACCGAUACUGCCAUUCACUUCAAGAAACUCAAAUCAUUGAAAGUGGGUGUUGAUGAUUAUCAGAAAUUCCUUGAUGAAUUGGCAAAGAGCAAAAAGGUCGAACUGGGUGAUAUCAAAAGAAAACUGACAACGUGCGGACAGCCCGGCAUCACCACUCAUUUACCAAAGUCUCCCGCGGCCGCCGCCGCUGUGGACAGAUUGACGGACACGAGCAAGUACACCGGCUCGCACAAGCAGCGCUUCGACACCACCGGCAAGGGCAAGGGCAUCGCCGGCCGCAAGGAGCUCGUCGACGCCUCCGGAUACGUCACCGGCUACCAACACAAAGACACCUACGACAAGUCACACUAAUGUAUUUACACUUUCCAUGGCCUUAGAAUUACGUUAUAAUCCCAAUCUAUUGUAAUUAUUAAAUAAUUCGUGUUUAUCUAUAUUUGUACACAAAAUUGACACGUGCGAAUGUUUACAUAGAUUCUCAUUUACUACUUUAAAUUAGAGUCCCUACUUACCAAUGUAGUGGAGGACAUCUUCCUGCUUCGCGCCAACAAGAUGUCUCAAUAAAAAAACUUUUUUGAAAAUGAAUAAGUCACAGGGUGCACAAAGUGUUACAAUUCUUUACAAAUAGUGAGGAUUUCAUCUAUUUUGUGUUUAACAUUUCAAUAAUAAUAAUUUAAACAAAACAAAGCUGUCGAAUAAGAUCUUUUGUCCAAUGUGUAUAUUGAAGACAGCGCGUGCCUUUAAUUUAUUUAAUGAAUUAAAAACAAAAAUAAUUGCUAAUAUAAACGGAAAGGCAUUUAUUUUUCACCAAAAUUGGUGUAAUUAGAUAUUAGAUCAGGAAAGCCACCUCGAAUUAGAUAUUUGAGCUGGGUUUCCUGUUUCCUAGAAAAGUGUAUUUUUUUUAUUAAACUUCCCGUCCUAAUGACAGCUAUUUACGAAUCGUGUGAUUGAUGGAAAUCAGUAAGGAAAGUGCGUACGAAAUUCUAUUAAAGUAUCCUCCAAUUUAUUUUACAACUGAUAAAAACAACAAAAAAUAAAUGAGGUAAAUAAACAUUCUUUAUUUAUUCUGUUUUUA